GUACAGAUCUGCUGAGAGUACCAGAGCAGAGCUCCUCCACAGACCACAGCCGCAGGGGCUCCCACUGCAGCUCAGAGGAAAAACCUCACAUAGAAAUAUAUCCGGGAAGGGAGAAAGUACUACAGCUGCUACCUCACAGGACCACAGGGUAUAUAAACCAGGACACAGAAGAGGGAUCAAAUAAAGAGAGGAGGUGAGAAGAGCUGGAGGAGAUCCUCUGGCUGUUGUUUUUUUUUGGGGACGCUCAGAAGUUCCAGGGCACACAGCUACUCACUUCAAUAAUUUAUCUUCUGCCUGAUUUUUUGGUCAGUUGAAAUCAAGUUUGCUUUUCAAAAAGUUUUGAAUUUUUUGUUUUACAAUUCAACAUUUCUACCCCUCUGGCUUUUUUGGCAAGUGCAGUCUUGACAGCUGCCUCGAAACCUCACCACAGACUGUUUGUGUUUGUUCAUUUUGUGCACUUUCUGACUGAGUAAGUGAAAUGUAUCUGGUUGAGUCAGGCACAACUCUGUGGAAUGGUUUUUGUUUUUAAGCCAAACAAAAAGCUAAAUUAUUCUCCAUCAAGGAUCCCCUCCAAAGAUCUGAAGAUGUCCCCUCGAAGAAACAACUGAGGCUGUUUCUCUUGUUUCCCAACUCAAUUAGAAAGUAUUUCCAGGGAGGACACUGUGGAGACUCUUGCAAAAACUUUUCUUUUUCUUUGGAAAUAUUUUGGAGGAAACAGCUUUUUUUUGGUGAAGCCCUGCCUCUACCUCAGGAUGGCUGGCUGUACCAGCCGCUGCAGGCAGGGGGUGCUCAAACUUAUCCAGUCCCUGCAGAGAUUGGUCUCAGGAACCCUCACAAAAGAUAAUAUAGACGAUGAGCUGGAGAUGACGACAGUGUGUCACAGGCCAGAGGGUCUUGAACAGUUAGAAGCCCAAACCAACUUCUCCAAACAGGAGCUGCAGAUCCUGUACCGGGGCUUCAAAAAUGAAUGUCCAAGUGGUGUUGUGAAUGAGGAGACAUUCAAACACAUUUACGCACAGUUCUUUCCUCAUGGAGAUGCAAGCAUGUACGCACAUUACCUCUUCAAUGCAUUUGACACUACAAACAAUGGCUCCAUUAAAUUUAAGGACUUUGUAGUGGGUUUGUCCACACUGCUGCGAGGAACACUGAGAGAAAAGCUGGAGUGGACGUUCCACCUCUAUGACAUCAACAGAGACGGCUACAUAAACAGAGAGGAAAUGACUGAGAUUGUGAGGGCCAUUUAUGACAUGAUGGGAAAAUACACCUACCCUGCACUAAAGGGAGACAUCCCCAAGCAGCAUGUGGAUGCCUUUUUCCAGAAAAUGGAUAAAAACAAAGAUGGAGUGGUGACUUUGGAGGAGUUUGUUAUUGCCUGUCAGGAGGAUGAGACCAUGAUGAGAUCCAUGCAGCUGUUUGAAAACGUGAUGUAGGCCAGAAGAAGAUGGUGAAGAUAAAGACAGAGAAAAUGAGAGGGCUUGGUGUGUGAGCGUGUGUGAGCAUGUGCGCAUGUGUGUGUGUGUGCCUGUGUGUGUGUGUGUGCCUGUGUGUGUGUGUGUGGCUGUGUGUGUGUGUGCCUGUGCGUGUGAAUGCAAAUGUGCAGCACGUCCAGAUUUCCUCCUCCUCGUCUCCUGCUGUGGUCUGGAUUUAAACCCUUCAUGACUUGAAUGAAGGGACUGAACUAGAUUGCUUUUAGCCUUCCUGUGGAGUUUUUCCACACCAAAGUGAAUGAUGUGACAGACUUUUUCUGUCCUGUCCUGAAGAUUUAAAAAUUAAAACACUCCUACUGUACAUUACCAGGCUGCUCCCACCAACCAGCGAAGAGCUAAUAGUUCAACCAGCGAAACGUUAUUUUUCUUUCACCAAACGAUGCUCCUUUUUGCCUAAAUUAAACUGCAUGCUUUUGCAAGAGAUUUUUGAUUUUUCUCCAAACAUUUUCAAAUUUGUAAUGGGAAUUUGGCCAUAUUUAUGUUUCGCAUCUGGUGUUUGACGAUUAUGGCAUAUUUCAAAUGUCAUGCGUUGCUUUUACUGUUGCAGUGACCUCUGUUCCCUGACUGUCGCUUGCCUGCUGAGUCUGUCUGAAGCUUAUUGUCAAGAGUCUGUGUCGAGCUUACAAGGUCAAACAGUUUAGAAAAAGUACAUUUCAUGGUCUUAAUAUGGUUUGUGAGCGAGUGUGUGAAUGUGUGUGUGCGGGCGUGCGUGUGUGUGUGUGUGUGCGCGCGUGUGUUAACAUGUCUUUUUGGUUUCUCUGUCUUUGUUGGAGCUCAUGUUUUAGUGAAAUUUAAAGAAGAAAUCAAAUCUUUCUUUUAUAGUUUCACUUGCUGCUUUGCUUCUUGUGUUCAAAAUAAUGUGUUGUCAACAAUGUAAAGAAAGAAAAGAGGUAAUGUGAAAAAAUGUGCAUAAAGUCUAGAUUUUAUGAUGAAGUGCCCGGAAAAUGAAGAUGUGGAAAAGGCUUGUGAUCAACAAACAAAUAUCUUUUCUGCAUAGUGAUCAAGUUGUAGCUGGCAACAGUGGUGGUAUUAUAUUAUAUUUGUAUGGUACAACCUUAUUAAUCCCUGUUUUCUUGGUAUGUACAGGUAUAGUACUAAAACAGUAAGAUGGUUGUUGUUAAAGCCAUUCUAAUAAAAUCUUGAUAUUGGAACAUGUCAGAUAAUCUUGCAGGGUACUACUGCUGUGUUUCAGCUUUAGAAUGGGAAUUUCUGAUGACACAGAGGACAGCUCCAUCUGUAUUGGUGAACAUUUGGCACUGCCUCCGCCAUCCAAUCCACAUCUGUGAUGUCACACUGACGUGCAGAUACAGACAGAACAGGGUGACUCAGGCGGUUGCCUGCAGCUGGUUCUUUAUGAGUCACGGUGUGUUUGGAAGCACCACCAUAAUAGAAAACUCACUAAGAUGUAGUAGUUUAAGCACUAAAAUAUUCAGCACGGUUUCCUUUUGCUGUCAGUGGAGCAGCUUUUGGCUGUAAAGUAAGUCAGUGUGACAUCACGGCCUCUGGUCUUGUAUUGUAACAGAGCUGUUCAAUCUCACAAGCAGAAAGUUUAUUUGAAGCCAUACGAAUAAAAUUUACUUUACCAUUUACUGAA